GUUGUGCGGUAUUCUGUGUAUAGAGCGAAAAAAAGACGAUGAGAGGAGUUUCGUACUGCUGCGGUGGGAUAAUCGCUGUGUUGUGUUGCAGUUGCAUUGUCAGCGUCGCAGCCACAGAAUGCGUCACACCGUCGGGGGGAAGCGGGCAAUGCGUACCCCUAGAGCAAUGCUCUAAUGUUUUUGCCGUACAACAACUGUCGGUUAACCUAUCUGAGAACAUGAAACAAUAUCUGACGAAAGCGGAAUGCGCGUUGAAGGACUCUUCGGGCAAGGGAGUCUGCUGCCAGCCGGAACGAAUUUUUCAGCUGCCGAAAAAUUGCGGUCUUUCCGCUAAUAAUCGAAUAGCCAAUGGAAAUGAGACAGCCGUCUUCGAUUUUCCCUGGAUGGCUCUACUAAUGUAUCGAGAUCAAUUCAGUGAUGAGCUGCUUGGUAAUUGCGGGGGAACUCUAAUCAGCGAACGAUAUGUCUUGACGGCUGCUCAUUGUCUAAAGACGGAUGAACGAUUUAAGCUCGAACACGUACGUUUGGGAGAGCACACCAUCAGCGAGGAUCCUGAUUGUAGUACGAUUAUGGAAUCUGGAGAAGUCGUUGAAAGGUAUUGCGCAGAUCCAGUAGAGAAUAUUCCUUUCGAAACCUACAUUGUUCACCCUAAGUACCGCUCUGCAUUUCUUGGAGAUGAUAUUGGAUUGAUCCGUUUAGCAACAGUUGUCACUUUCAAGAGUCAUAUUCAACCAAUCUGCUUACCGAUGUCCGCCAGUCUAAAGGAAACUCUUCCACCGAAAUACAUCACUAGUGGGUGGGGUCUGACGGAACAGCUUGUGCGAUCGGAUAUUUUGCUUAAAGCGACUCUACCGAGGGUCGACAGAGCAAGUUGUCAGAAAAGGAUCGACGAGAUCGAGAGUAAGAAGUACAACAUCACCAUCAGUCCGAAGCAGCUUUGCGCUGGUGGCAUCGAUCUGGUGGACAGCUGCCAGGGUGACUCCGGUGGACCGCUCAUGUGGCCGGUGGAGUAUCUAAAACGAACGCGCUACGUCCAGUUCGGUAUCGUUUCGUACGGACUCGAUACCUGCGGAGUGAUCAAUUUUCCAGCCGUGUAUGUUCGAGUUGGCAGCUAUCUCGGGUGGAUUCUCGCUAACAUGAAAAUUGCUGUCGUUUACGUUUUUGCCAUGGAACCGGCGAAAUUAGUUUCGGGAAGAGUGUCCGUCCUGUGGCUUGUAAUCCUUGCAGGUAGCCUUCAACUAUUACCGGCUGCAGUGCAAUCACAAAGCGCUCCAUGUAGCACCCCAACAAAGCAGGAGGGCCUAUGCGUUGCGAUCCAGCGCUGUCGAAAUAUCUACAACAUUGUGCAGAGUUCGACUCCACCUUCGACGGGAAUUGCAAACUAUAUCAAGAGAGCGGCAUGUACUUUACCGGGAGUGGAACGCAGCGUAUGUUGCCAACCAGCGGAGGUUGUUCCGGAGGUAACGAUUCCAGCCGGUAAAAUCAAUCUACUUCCAACGGAUUGCGGUCAAUCGGUCACCGAUCGCAUUGCUUUCGGUAACAUUACAAAAGUAUUCGCCUAUCCCUGGAUGGCUUUGUUGCGAUACAAUCAAAACGGAGAGAUUAUCGAUGGCUGUGGUGGUUCGUUGAUCAAUAAGCGGUACGUCCUGACUGCGGCACAUUGCUUGAAAACGAGGAGCUCAUUACAGCUCACUCAGGUCCGUUUGGGGGAGCAUACCAGAAAUCAGGAAAUUGACUGCAAUAUCUAUAGGGAUAAGAAUGGAGAGGAGAUCGAAAGAGACUGUGCAGAUCCAGUUGAGGAUUACCAGGUUGACUCAAUUGAAAUUCAUCCGGAUUACAAUCGUCCAAAAUACAGCAACGAUAUCGGACUCAUACGAUUGGCUCGCGAUGUGGAAGUGCAAUAUCACAUUCGACCAAUUUGUUUACCCGUUACUCCCGAGCUUCGAUCGAAGCAAUUUGAGCGGUACAUUGUGUCCGGUUGGGGGACGACAGAAAAUCAAGCCGGAUCUCAGGUUCUCCUAGACGCGGUAAUUCCUCGAGUGAACAACGAUGAUUGCGCGCAGAAGAUGGCCCAAAAUCGUCUCAAUGUGCAGCUUAGCGAUAAGCAGAUGUGCGCCGGUGGCGAAGGACGAGUGGACACGUGCCGGGGAGAUUCGGGCGGACCGCUUGGAUUCUACACCGAGUAUAACAAAGGGGCUCGGUUCGUGCAGUUUGGCAUCGUGUCCGCUGGUGUGGAAUCGUGCGGGAAAAAAUCCAUCCCGGGAAUCUACUGCCGGGUGGGAAGCUAUAUGGACUGGAUUCUAGAUACUAUUAAGCCAUAGAUUUCGUUUUCGAACUGUCGACUGCUGGAAAUGUUCAAUACUCGUAAGAAUUCACUGAAUGCGCUCAAUAUAAGUUAAACUAAUGCAAGUAUACUAUUGCUCGUUGACAUACUUUGACAAUGAAAGAUUAGUCAAACUGAACUUGAUGGAAGUGUCAUAAAUUGAAUUUAAGCAAUA